CCUUUUUUGCGGAUACCGUACAUUUACUAGAUGCAAUUAUUUUGCAUUGGCGCCGUAUCACCAGGGACGCAGAAAACGGUCAAUACUUCCAACUAAUUUGAUAUUUUGGAGUUUGCCAGAAAAAAACCAUGCGUCUAAAAAGAUUUUUGCUUCGCUACUAUCCUCCUGGAAUCAUCUUGGAGUAUGAACAAUCUCACAUGCUGAAAAACAAAUCCAUUGAUCUCUUAGACCUUAAGGCAGAUAGUGACAUCGACCCCAUACUAGAUGAGAUAGUUCGUAAAGAACCGCUGGUGACGCCUAACAGGACGGACCAAGUCAGGCAGCUGAUAGAGAGAUUACAGGAAAAACUUGCCAAACCGGAUGAUCACAAGUUCUACCUCUUCAAGGUUCUAAGAGCACACAUCCUCCCUCUGACAAAUGUUGCAUUCAACAAGUCAGGAUCCAACUUCAUCACAGGCAGCUAUGACAGAACAUGCAAAGUGUGGGACACGGCAUCGGGGGAGGAACUCCACACAUUGGAAGGGCACAGAAAUGUAGUCUAUGCCAUUGCAUUUAAUAAUCCUUAUGGAGACAAGAUUGCAACCGGCUCUUUUGAUAAGACAUGCAAGCUUUGGAGCUCCGAGACAGGCAAAUGCUACCACACACUCCGAGGCCACACAGCUGAAAUAGUUUGCCUAGCAUUCAACCCACAGAGUACAGUGAUAGCUACAGGUAGCAUGGACACUACGGCUAAAUUAUGGGAUAUCAAGACUGGAGCCGAGACUAAUACACUGUCUGGUCACUCAGCAGAAAUCAUCUCUCUAUCUUUCAAUACCAUGGGUGAUAAAGUCAUAACAGGUUCAUUCGAUCACACAGUCUCGGUUUGGGAUGUACAUACAGGAAGACGUAUCCACACUCUGAUUGGCCACCGUGGUGAGAUCAGCUCCGCCCAGUUCAACUACGAUUGUUCUCUCAUCGUGACUGGAUCCAUGGAUAAGACGUGUAAGAUAUGGGACGCAGCGACGGGAAAGUGCGUUGGUAACCUCCGUGGACAUGAAGACGAGAUCCUGGAUGUAGUCUUUGACUUCACUGGACAGUAUAUUGCCUCUGCAUCAGCAGACAGUACUGCAAGGGUAUACAAUGCUGUAACACAUAGCUGCAUAUGCAAAUUAGAUGGACAUGCCGGAGAAAUUUCAAAGAUUGCAUUCAACCCGCAAGGGACUAAGCUCCUAACAGCGAGCGCCGAUAAGACGGCUAAGGUAUGGGACCCUAAAGCCGGUACUUGCCUUCAAACCCUAGAGGGCCAUACAGACGAGAUAUUCAGUUGUGCUUUCAACUAUGAAGGGGAUACAGUUAUUACAGGAAGCAAAGACAAUACUUGUAGGAUCUGGCGAUGAGGAUGCUGAUGGUCCUGCAUUACUUUGUAUACCCUCUAACGAUCCUGUUCCUCCUUCAUUGGCUUACCCAGAUCCAGGGAGAAAAGUAAUUCCUCUCCCUCUUCAUCUGGUAGAUUGGUCAAGAACCUCCAAAACAAGAAACUUCACAAAAGAGGUUCUUAACCAUGAGCCAGCAUAUAAUUCUGGGGAGCAUUGCAUGAACAGGUUUGUUAGUGAUUUUCACUACCUACUUUGCUCUCAUCCAAUCAAAUGCAAGGAUUUGCAGUAGCUUGUAACACCAGCCUGUGAAAAUCACAUAAUGUUUGAUUCAUGAAAUUCUACCCUGGGAAGGAUUCAAGAUUUUCUGUAACAGGGGAUAUUUCCUAUGUCUACUCAUUCUAAUUUUCAUUUUGUAUUGGACCAAAUAAGAUUGUGAGAGGUGUUUUGCAGUUUAUAUGGGUAAUUGCUUACAGAUUGUGUGCGAAGCACCCAGUGUCUUUAAGCAAGUUUUGUUGAUGGUAUUCCACCUUGAUUACCUUAGCAUACAUGGAUGUAGAAUCAGCUCUAACUGUUUUUGCAACCCAGCUAGAAUUCAUGAUCGGCAGGUGAAGGUCACAAAUUUUUUCUAGUAGUAUAAUUAUUUUUGUUGUAAUGCUUUGAUGAACAGUGGAGAAUGGAUAAUUGUCUAAAACACAAAAUACAGACAAUCAAUGUUACAUAGGGUAUGAUUAUGUUUUGAGCGAUGGUAUUAUAUCCUUUUGUUUACUGACAUCACAAGUAUGUUAUUACCUGGUCAAUAGUUUGACUUGUGGAAGUUGUUUUAAAGUGUACUUACUUGAAUGUAGAACUUUGAAGUUUAAUAACAUUGUUUGUUGUCUGCUCCAUCCCAUCUCAAGUAUGGAUCAAACUUGAUUAGAUAAUUCUCAAAAUCUUUUCUUGGGAUAAAAUUGCAAGGGUUAUAUAACUUUUCUGAUGCAUGGUCUCAUCUUAUUCUUUCCAGUAGAAAAAUCAGUGUAUGUGGUAUGUGAGAGAAUAUUCUAUAGCCAUUGUCGAUAGUAUAGCCCUAAUCAAAUGAAUGAGAUGUAGGAUAAGUGUGUGAAAAUAAAAAUUACAUUUGAAGUAGUAGAUUCGUUGAUUCUAGGAUUAUCAUGAUAAAUCACCUUAUUUAGUUCAUACUGCAAGAAAUAUGAAAUGAAGAUAAAAUAUAAAUGCAUGCAUGAAUGAAUGAGUGAGUGAGUGGAUUGAUAGAUGGUUGGAUAGAUGGAUGAAGUAAUUAAUUAAUUAAUGAACGCAUGAAUUUCAUCUUUGACUGGAUACCGUAUGGCAAAACUAUAAUAGAUCAUUUCUUUCAUUUCUCACUUUGAAAGAUGUUUUUUUCUUGAUUAGUGAGUGAAUAAAUAAAUGUAAUGAAUGAACGGAAAGCAAUCAGUCAAUCAAUUGUUGGAUAAGUACUUAAUAAAAUCAUGCUUAUGUUUGUUGUUCUCAUGCGAGGUGCAUUUAGCUGCAUUUGAUUAUAUGCCUUGAUAUAUCCAUCUCCUUCCAAUCUUAUAUGAUACACAAUCUGUGGGAUGCAUUCCUUAAAACAUCUCGGCCCGUUUCAUAAAAGUUACUAUCAUGGUUACUUUGCCAUCCAAAGGUAACUACCACAGAAACAAUGCUCCACAGCAAAUCAGAUUCAAAUAUUUUAUCGUAGUUGCCAUUGGACAACAAGGGGGUUACCAUCAUGGUGAUUUUCAUGUAACAGGGCCCUUGUCAUUGAUUUUAUAGUUACAAAUUUAAUCCCAGCCAAUCAUGUCAAAGGAUUUCAGUAGCUUAUAACAGUUGUGAAUUUCACAGACACGAUUCCUUAUGGAAUGCUCCCCCACCUUCUCAUCCCUCCACUUUCAUUAUACACACAAAUAUGUAUUCAUAUAUAAAAUUAUGUAAUCAGGCUAUUAUACACUAUGCAUAUACUUUUGUACAUCUUCACUCAUUUCUGCUUACAUGUAUUCUUCGUGCCUCGUUGCAAUUAUCAGAGAUAGAUUUGAGGCCAUCCUCAUGGCUGUUUUUGUAUAUGCAGGCCUCAGCAUUGGUCUAAAUCACAUGUAAAACUCUGUGGGAGAAACUUGUAUUCAGCUGCCUUGCGACUUAAACAUCCCUGUUGAUUAUAUAACGAAGCAAGCCAAUUCUAAUCCAUCCAUUUUGUACUGAUAUGUGUUUAGUUCUCAAGUAGUAUCAUCACUAUCGUGUAGAAGGCGCACCCAUAUUCUUCUGUGGGGAUAUGCCUGGUUCUGAACCACACAGACUUGGGCCUGUAUUCUGAUAGCAGGUUUAACUCAGGUUUAAAGUUGUGGUUUAAGUAUGGAAAGCCAAUUGUUACAUAAAUCACUAACAGUAGAGAUAUCAUACUUCAGCUCAUUUGGUUCUCAAAUCAUUCAUAAUUGUCAAGGAAGUAUAAAUAGAUGAUUGUCUUCACCAUCGAUGAAUCAGGAAAGAGCACAGCAAACAUAAGAAACAUAUAACUUAAUAAAAAUUUUAAUACUUUUGGCUUCCCAUACUAAAACCACAACUUUAAACCUGAGUUUAAGUUAGACCCGACUUCAGAAUACAGGCCAUAAUGUUUCAGCAAGUGUGUUCUUACAAUCUUGAGGAGAAUUGGCAAAGUUUGGAAAAGCAGGCACUAAUUACUCUUGUGUGCACAGUACCUGGCAGAGUUCUUGUCUCUGAUCAGUUUGCUUGUAAAGUCACACGAGAGUGUGCACAUAGUAAUCAUGUAGAUACAGUACUUGGCAAAAUUGUGUCUUUGAGUAGUCUUUUGAAUUCCAUUCAGUACUUAUUCUAAGUGUCUUGAUCUCUGAAUUAUAUUUCAUGUAUUGUACUUAAUAAUGUUGUUUUUUCUGAUAUGAUAUGAUUCUGUUAAAAAUUUAGGGGAUUUCUUGUUCUAUGUUGAAAUUGGAUAUUCCACCAUCACCUUAGAAGACCAGGGGCCUGUCUUACAAAGCACUGUGAUAGAUCCAAUCAAUCGCAACUAUUGAAAUCCAUCAAUGUCAUAUUUCCUCAUGAAGGAAAUGUACACAAUAUCCUUUGGAAGUAAUGAGGGGAGCACUGAUUUAUCAAGACAAUGAUUCAUGUAAGAGCCUACAUUGUAUUUAGAAACACUUUGAAUGGAUGUUUGCAUUUUUAAUAGCUGUGUGUUGCUAGCUUUUCAUAGUUGCCAAUUAGUGGAUCAAUUGCAACUCUUUGUAAGACAGGGCCCUGUAUUCCUUCCAUCCACAUGUUGACAUCGAUCAGCAAGAGCCUGCCAUGGAUAACGAUCGAUAUCGACCAUAAGUACUAAAUCAUUCAUUAUCAAUCACCUUGAAAUUGAUUCAGCUUCCACUUAGUGAGACCAAUUAUUUGAAGUAUUGUGUUAAAUUGUUUUUCUGUCUAUACUUGUCACCUAAUCUUUCAACAUACACACAAACUUUGUACAUCAUAUAUUAUCAUGCCAAUGCUUUAAGGAGAAUGAAAUAUAUAUUUUACUGCAAAGUAGGUACUAGGCAUCAUGUAACCCCAGAUAAUCUUUGGCAGUGAAGCUUUCUGGAGUACAUUUUCUUAUCUGAAUAUUUUCAUGAAUUUGUUCAAUCUGUUGCCAUCUUUUUCACAAGUUGUCUUAAUAUGAACUUUGUCUAUGCACUCCUUAGUAGCAAUGUAGAGAGAAGUGAUGCGAGGUUCCACUUGCAAAAUUAAUGAAUCAAAACAAAAAAAAAAUCAUUGUAUUCAUGCUUUGUAGUUGUGUAUACGAGAAAAAUUUCAACUUUAUGCCUCUAUGCAGUCAAUAUUUAUAAUUUGUAUAUUAUUUGCUUUAUAUUAUUUUCUUUAUAUUUCAUGCCUUGGCUUGACGUAAAGUAUGGGUUUUGUGAAAACUGAUCUGGCGACUUUUGCUAGUUUAAUGUAAUUCUUCAAGCCAUAUAGACUGCCAUGGUAAACCAACAGUUUCAUUUGUUAAAUCAAGUGCAGGAGGGUAGGGGACGGGGGCUUUGCAAAACUUCCCUAUUCAGAAAAAGUGGAUUUGGGAAGCACACUACAAAUUACCUGAUAUUGUAGAAAAUCCAUGAGAAUUGAAAGUUGGAAAAUGACAAAUUGAUUCAACAAGAAAUUCUAAUUUUUCAUAAAAAUAGCCCCCCCCCCCCUGAAAAUCCCACUAGAAUGCAUUCCCAUGAGUCAUAAUUAGUAAAUGUCGCCAGAUCAACAUAUUUAAGGCCAGAAUCGUGUAUAGAUUGCAAAAAAAAAAUUGUUUUGUGUGCUUGAAAUGAUUUUGAAGAAAGUUUAUAUAAAGCUAGAAUGUUUCUAGGUGAGAUUUAUGCCAAGUUGAAAUGUAAAGAUUGGAUUGUAUUGGCAAAGAACAUUAAAUGUUUGAUAAAACAUGCAAA